CAACCUCAAAAGACUUCCCCGAAAGAGAGUUCAAUUGUUUCCAUACUGAAAACUCCGAAACGUCUGGCCCUCUCUCCAUCUAAUCUCUCUCACACAACUAAUCCACCUGCAAUCUCGACCUCUGUGACUCUCUCUCCGUCUCUAAGGUGCUCUCUGUUUUCUCACUCCCUCUCUCUCGGUCAACUCCGCCAAUGAAGCUGACCAGCCUCCAACCCACCACUCCUUUCGUAAAAACAGAGUCUUUUAGAUGACGAAACUACCGUCUUCUUCCUCAUCCGCCGUCAUCGUCAUCCUCUCCGUCAUUUUCUUCAUCUACAGGACACCCUCAGCCCAUGCGCUUGGCUCCGGCGCCACCCUCGCAAUCAGCUACGCCUCCGCCACCGUCUGCGGCAUCGUCGCCUCGCAGCCUAGGCAAAGCAUCCAAUGCUACCGACGUGGCCAAAUCAUCCCCAUCAAUCCCAACGUCAAUUUCUCCUCCAUAUCCGGCGGCCAGAACUUCUUCUGUGGCCUCCGCUCCGGUGGUUACAGCUUCCACUGCUGGGACACGACCAACUUUUCUAGCAGUAGCUUCGACCCCCAACGAGUUUACUUCAAUGAAAAAGUCCUAUUAGAGAACCUUUCGGUCGGUGACGACCAAGUCUGCGCCACGGUUGUUGGUACAGGCUCCGUCAAUUGCUGGAGAGGUGAUAAGUCUAAACCACCAUCUGAUGGGUUCUUGUCAAUCUCCUCUGGGAUAGGAUUCUCUUGCGGUAUCUUAAGGAACAGUAGUCAGGUUCGGUGUUGGGGAAGUAAUACUACUAUAGCGAAUCGUAUACAGACAGAGUUUGGGAUCGUACCGAUGGCGAGUAUUGUAGCUGGUGGCACUCAUGUAUGCGGCCUCAAUUCUACGGGGUUUGUGUUUUGCAAAGGAAAUAACGAUUCUGGGCAGUUGAAUGUUCCUUCGAAUUCGGCAUGGGAGUUCUCGACGUUGGCGCUUGGAGCGAGCCAUAGUUGUGGAAUUAGGGGACCUAAUGAUUCGGUUGUGUGUUGGGGUGGUGGAGGAGAGUAUUCGGUGAAUGUGACGCAAGGUGUUUCGUUUGCAACCAUUGCGUCGGGGUCAAAUUUUACUUGUGGAUUAACGAUGGAGAGUUUGUCAAUUACAUGUUGGGGACCCGGCUGGGCUGGUGAGGCCAGUUUAGGGGCUGAUUUUCCUGCAAUUCUUCCUGGGCCUUGCAAUCAUUCUUCUUGCAGCGAGUGUGGUCUGUAUCCACUGUCUCAAAACUUGUGCUCUGGUUUUGGGAAUAUUUGCAACCCUUGUUUUACUCAAAGUUCAACUCCUCCGCCGCCGCCGCCGCCACCAGUACCAUUACCCCCGGGGCCAACAGGUUCGGCUCGGUCAUCUCCAUCAAAGGGUCUGAGAAAGGGAUUAUUGGCGUUCUGCAUUGUGGGCUCGGUUGGAGUUUUUGCGGGUAUUUGCACAAUAGUCUACUGCUUUUGGACUGGAGUCUGUUUUGGGAAGAAGAAAGUGCACAAUUCAGUGCAACCCACAAUCACAAGAGCUCCCAGUUCUAACAAUGGCACGGCCUCAAACAAUAGCCCGCCUUCGAGAUCAUCCACCAUUAGGCGCCAGGCCUCGCUCAUUAUGAGGCGCCAGAGGAGUGGAACCUCAUCCAAGCGCGCAGACAUGGCCGAGGAAUUUUCACUAGUUGAGCUCGCAGAAGCCACCAACAGUUUCUCCCUACAGAACAAGCUCGGUGCUGGAAGCUUUGGCAUUGUAUACAGAGGUAAAUUAAGUGAUGGUCGCGAGGUUGCGAUAAAAAGGGGCGAAACAGGUUCACAGACGAAGAAGUUUCAAGAGAAAGAAAGCGCAUUUGAUUCAGAAUUGGCCUUCUUGUCCCGCCUUCAUCACAAACACUUGGUUAGGCUUGUUGGGUAUUGCGAGGAAGAGGAUGAAAGGCUCCUGGUUUACGACUACAUGAAGAAUGGUGCCCUUUACGAUCAUAUACACGACAAGAACAACGUGGAAAAGAGUAGUAGCGUUUUGAAUUCUUGGAAGAUGAGGAUCAAAGUCGCGUUAGAUGCUGCACGAGGAAUUGAAUAUCUCCACAAUUAUGCCGUCCCAUCCAUAAUUCAUAGAGACAUCAAGUCUUCUAACAUAUUACUCGAUGCGAAUUGGACAGCAAGAGUAUCUGAUUUUGGAUUGUCGUUAAUGGGCCCGGAAUCCGAUUGCGAUUACAGGCCAACGAAAGCGGCUGGAACAGUUGGGUACAUUGAUCCUGAAUACUAUGGUCUAAAUCUAUUAACAGCAAAGAGUGAUGUUUAUGGACUUGGAAUAGUACUGCUAGAACUUUUGACAGGAAAGAGAGCAAUAUUCAGGAAUGGUGAAGAUGGAGGAACGCCCAUAAGCGUGGUGGACUUUGCGGUGCCAGCAAUUAUGGCUGGAGAAAUGGUAAAGAUCCUGGACUCCAGGGUUGGGCCACCAGAGGUGAAUGAAGUAGAGGCGGUGGAGCUGAUGGCAUAUACUGCACUGCAUUGUGUGAAUUUGGAAGGAAAGGACAGGCCAACCAUGGCUGACAUUGUUACGAAUCUGGACCGAGCAUUGUCUGUCUGCGAUUUUAGUCGUGGCAGCAUCUCUAGUGGUGCAAUCUCCAUCGUUUUAGAAUGAAGUUCCGAACUGGAAAACAAGAAAAGAAACAAUUCUUUUUAUCCAUUUUCAUUAUUGUUUUUGGAGAGUUCUUAUUUGGUAUAAAUGUGUUUUCUUGGGUGUGUGCGUGUGUGUGUGUAAAGUUUAGGAAUUUCAUCUAACAUUGAGCUGUUAGUAGGCUGUAGGGUAGGAUUUAUGUGAACACUGACAGCGAGGAAGAAAGAUUACCUGGUUUUUUUUUAAGGAAAGGAAAAAGGUUUUUAUGUUUCCUUUUUAA